AUUUUGUGAGCCGUCCUGUCUGACCGUCCUCUCAGGAGAAUGAGUUUGACACGCACAUGCGCAGAUUGAUUGUAAAGCGGGCCUUGAAUCAUGUCAAGACACGGUCGAAACGGAGGAGACGCAAAGGUUUACGUCGGUAACCUGAGCACUGGUGCAGGAAAAGGAGAGCUAGAGCGGGCGUUUGGGUAUUACGGAUCCUUGAGAACAGUGUGGAUUGCUAGGAACCCCCCAGGGUUUGCCUUUGUGGAGUUUGAAGACACCCGGGAUGCAGAAGAUGCGGUCCGUGGCCUUGACGGCAAGUUAAUUUCUGGAUCUCGAGUUCGAGUUGAAUUAUCUACAGGGAUGCCGUGGCGAUCUCGGUACGAGCGUGCACCCACCAACCGACCCUUUGACUCUAACGACAAGUGCUAUGAGUGUGGUGAGCGGGGGCACUAUGCCUACGACUGCCACCGCUACAGUCGACGCAGGAGGAGCAGGUCCCGGUCUCUCUCCAGGUACGGUCGGAGGAGGUACUCUCGCUCUCGCAGCCGGGACCGUGGCAGGAGAUCAAGAUCCUUCUCUCCACGCCGCUCUCGUUCUCCUAGAAGAUCGAGAGCCCUUACCCCCAAGAGAUCAAGAUCUCGGUCAAAGUCCAGAUCAAGGUCUAGGUCACUUUCCCGUGCAAAGACCAGGUCUGGUUCCCCCACGAGGAGGUAUGCAGAAGUAUUGAGUCUGACCCCAAUUUUCUUCCAUCCAUUCUCCUCUCUAAACGAGCUAUGGAACAGUUUGACAAUGCAUGAUAAGCAGCAAAACGAGACAAUGAAAAUGUUGUCUAUCCAUACAGUUUAAACAGUGUAGAUGCAUGAUGGUUCAUUAUGUCAGGCCACUUAAGCAUUACAAAUGAAAGGUAGACUCAGCAAUAAAUCAUCAACAAUUACAUUCACAUCUUUCAGUUCAAUGUGUGAAAUAUGUAUUAAAAGGUUAUUUUGUAUUCUUUAAAUUCACCAAAAUAAUACAUUUGCAUGACAAACCUAUAUUAAAUGCAUGGUCCUUAAAUACUUUGCUUGCUACCAGUUGCCAUUGUCGAAGUCUUUUAAGAAUGAGCUCUAAAAUUUAAAUUAUAUUUUAAACCCAGCUGUUCAAAAUCUAAAGGUUCACCUCAAAAACGAAGGUGUGUUUUUCCUCCCAGCUGAGGUAAUGACUUUAAUUUGGGUUUAAUGCACAGCAAAUAAAUGAAGAGGGAAAACUCAUUUCUCUUUUUCUC